GCUCCUCUCCAUCAGCGUUGCCUUCCCUCCGUGUCUAAAGUGCAUUAGACCGCGAUGAGGACCUGGGCUUGCGUUUUGCUGAUAGGUUUUGGCUACCUGUCCUUUACCUUCUCCGAGGAGGCCGAGAUCCCGCAGGAGCUCAUCGAGCGGCUGGCGCACAGCGAGAUCCACAGCAUCCGCGACUUGCAGCGCCUCCUGGAGAUUGACUCCGUAGGAUAUGAUGAUGUUUCAGAAACAAACUUGAGAUCUUACAGUGUUCAUUCUGCUAAACAUGUGCAAGAGAAUCGUCCUGUGCCCAUUCGCAGAAAAAGAAGCAUUGAGGAAGCCAUCCCGGCUGUCUGCAAAACACGGACGGUUAUCUAUGAGAUACCUCGGAGUCAGAUUGAUCCCACCUCUGCCAACUUCCUGAUAUGGCCACCCUGUGUGGAGGUGAAACGUUGCACUGGCUGUUGCAACACCAGCAGUGUGAAAUGCCAGCCAUCACGGAUACACCACAGAAGUGUCAAGGUGGCAAAAGUGGAAUAUGUUAGAAAAAGGCCAAAAUUAAAAGAAGUUCUGGUGAGAUUAGAAGAGCAUAUGGAAUGCACCUGUACAUCAUCAAAUACUAAUUCAGAUUAUAGAGAAGAAGAAACUGGCGAGACCGAGGCAUGGAGAAAUGACUGUGCAAGGUCACACAGCAAGGCAAUGGCAGAACCAGGGAUAGGACUCAGAUCUGAGUGCUCAUCCAGUGCCCUAAAUCACACGACCAUCUUCCCUUUCCGAGAGUGAAUCCUUGCACCCUUAGAGCUAAUUACUGAAAAGACUGAGGCUGCAUUUUUGAGGAGAGAGAGAGAGAGAUGGCUAGGCUUGCAGUAACAUGUUGUGCCGUCAUAAAUGCUACAGCCACCAUCUGUUUCCAGCCCACGACUUGAAAGAAAACUGAGCAGUAAUCUCAUAAUUCACAUCAGCAUUUUACACUCGUGAACCCUUCCCAACCUUUGUCUAAUAAUGAGGGGAGUGCAUGGUGCUAAGGUUUGUAUUUUUCCUGCACAUAUUAGUGUUUAUUUGUAUGUCUCUUUCUGUUGUGUUGUGUUUUGGGUUUGUUUUGGUUUGGUUUUGUUUUUACCACGGGCCCUUAAAGACAAUUUCUCUGGGAGAAAAAUCAGACCAGUUCCAUGGUCAGGAAAAAAAACCACCCACCCCACCAUAAUUGAGGAGAAAUCCCAAUCCCAUCGACUUUACUGGCACAGUUCUCCAGGAGGAGGUGCAUUUAACAUUCCUCUCUGUGCCUGUCUCAGCUACUUGUUGAUUAAAAGGGAAAAAGGCAUUAGAAAGUGAAGAGGCAGGUUGCUGAACUGCCCUUUCCUUGCAGAAGCAGAGCUGGACUAGCUGGCCAUGCGCAUUUUCAGCCCUCCCCAUCAGAUAGGAUGGUAAUGGUAGGUUGGAUUUUAAUGAAAACAAAUUCUUUAGCUAAUCUUCGCUUCGGGCUGGCCCUCCGUGGGAUUAAAGAUACCACCUGCUGUGCCAAAGACAUGCUCAGGUUCGAGGCUGCUGGUGGGUGGGAAGAACACAAACAUCUGAGAGUGACUCUGGUGAGCAAUCGCAGUCUGUCCUGUUGCAGUGCCCUCAGGGAAGCCAAAGAGUUGAGAUCAUUUAGUUGAUGGAAAUACUGCUCCCCUCCAGCCUGCGAAGCAAAGCUAGAAUCAUUAAGGAUUUCUUUUUGACUGUUCUGCAAAACCAAGGGCUGCUGUUUCUCUGGGCCUCCUCUCAUCUUUGGACCCAAUUUGCACACCUCCUCCUAGCACAGCCACACUGGCUGAACGAGCUCCUGCUCUCCUCUGGCCUUAGAAACAAUGACUUCCAUCAUCUCAAACAGACUGCAGAGCAGUUAUAAGGAUGAAAGGGCUUCUCAUUUCAUGUAUCCCACUGCUGCUAGAACUAUAAAUCCUUCAUGGACUGAAUUUAUAGCAUACUGCUACUGCAAGCAAGUGAAAUUUAUUUUGUGUUGUCAUAUGUAUGGUCAAACUGUCCAAGAAGCUGCCAAACAAAGCACUGAGCUGCUGAUGGGCAACCCAUUCAAUCUCUUCUCAUUUUAUUUAAAAACAAUAAACAGCUAUCAAUCAAAGGAGCUUCUUUUCACAUGUACUACCUGUUGGGUGAUCCUCACUGUCUCCAAGACACGUUUGUAUGUGGAAGAAAGCUGCCAGCUGUUGCCAGGUCCAGCAGACAUGACACAAAGUUCCACCAAGAAAAGGUUUGUGGGCUCACUAGGGUUGGGGACAGGUUAAGGGACACCUUUUUUUUAUCACUACUUGUUGUUCUAAAUGUGUUUGGCCAAGUAUCAGGGGUGCACAGAGGCCACAUCCAGCCACACAGACCUCUGCUUGAAUCAGUGACAAAGAUUCAGUAGUAAGUCUUUCCUGGGUCCUGCAGUGUGAUCCAGGAUGAAUCAUUGCUGGAUCUCAGAGGUUUACAAAGCUGGCCCAUGUCUAUGUUGGUACCUUGGGAUGGUAGAUGAGCUAAA